UUUCGUCUUUUCCAACUUCAAACUUCCAAUUCUAACCCCAUUCCAAACCUUUCCCUCAGCAACGGAAUCCACCAAACUCUCGCAUCAAUCUUCGUUUCUUUAGAGAGAGAGAGAGAGAGAGAGAGCGCGGUGUCGGAAUCGUGUUCUCCGAUUGCACCGGUGGUUCGAUUUAUGGUCGUCGGAGAAUCGCCGAUCUCGCUGAGAGUUUCGAAUCGCACCGGUGACCGGAGGAGAUGGUGAAUUCCAUGGUGGAACGCGCCACGAGCGACAUGCUCAUAGGGCCUGAUUGGGCCAUGAACAUCGAGAUCUGCGACAUGCUCAAUCAUGACCCUGGGCAAGCAAAGGAUGUUGUUAAAGGUAUAAAGAAGCGGAUUGGAAGUAAAAAUUCAAAAGUUCAACUUCUUGCACUAACUUUGUUGGAGACAAUCAUAAAGAACUGUGGAGAUAUUGUUCACAUGCAUGUUGCAGAAAGAGAUGUGCUUCAUGAGAUGGUGAAAAUAGUAAAGAAAAAGCCUGAUUUUCAUGUCAAAGAAAAGAUACUGGUUCUUGUAGAUACUUGGCAAGAAGCUUUUGGAGGCCCAAGGGCAAGAUAUCCACAAUAUUAUGCUGCAUACCAGGAACUGUUGCGUGCUGGGGCAGUAUUCCCUCAGAGGUCGGAACAAUCUGCACCUGUAUUCACACCUCCACAAACACAGCCAUUGGCAUCUUACCCUCAAAAUAUACGCGACACAAAUGUUGACCAGGACGCAGCUCAGUCCUCUGCAGAGUCUGAGUUUCCAACACUCAAUUUGACUGAAAUUCAGAAUGCACGUGGCAUCAUGGAUGUUCUUGCAGAAAUGCUCAAUGCCUUAGACCCUAGUAACAAAGAAGGGAUUAGACAGGAGGUUAUUGUUGAUUUGGUGGAGCAGUGUCGAACUUACAAGCAGAGAGUGGUUCACCUUGUCAACUCAACUUCGGAUGAAUCACUGCUAUGCCAAGGACUAGCCCUGAAUGAUGAUCUUCAGCGUGUACUGGCCAAGCACGAAUCUAUUUCUUCUGGAAUUUCUACCAAAAACGAAAAUCACACUGAGAAUUUGAAUCCUUCACUUGCACCUGCUGGAGCUCUUGUAGACAUUGAUGCUCCUUUGGUUGAUACUGGAGAUACUAGCAAACAAACUGAUGGGAGAUCCUCUUCUAAUGUUGAAGCAGGGUCCCAAACAUUGAAUCAGUUACUACUUCCUGCACCUCCAACUUCUAAUGGUUCAACAAUUCCUGCCAAGGUUGAUCCCAAAUGGGACCUGCUCAGUGGCGAUGACUAUAACUCACCAAAAGCGGAUUCAUCAAAUGCUCUUGUUCCUCUAGGAGAACAACCAACUGCCAGUCCUGUUUCUCAGCAGAAUGCCCUUGUUCUUUUUGAUAUGUUUUCUAAUGGAAAUAAUGCACCUACAUCUGUCAAUUCCCAGCCACCCCAUCCAGCUAAUGUUGCUGGCCAAACCAGUCCAUAUGCUCCCCAAUUUCAACAACAGCAAACAGUCACAUCUCAAGGUGGAUUUUACCCCAAUGGAAAUGCCCCAAAUGCAGGUUCACCUCAGCAGUAUGAGCAAUCAUUGUAUACACAAAAUACAGGUCCUGCCUGGAAUGGUCAGGUUGCCCAACAGCAACAGCAACAACCACCUUCACCUGUUUAUGGCACACAAAGUGGAUCAUUGCCACCACCUCCUUGGGAAGCUCAACCAGCAGCAGAUAAUGGAAGUCCAUUAGCGGGCGCUCAGUAUCCACACAUGCAGAAUUCUGGACAUCCUAUGGGGCCUCAAACAAUGGGCAAUGACCAGGGUGUUGGUAUGUAUAUGCAGCCAAAUGCUAACAGCCAUAUGUCAGGAAUGAAUAACCAUGUUGGGAGCAAUCAAAUGGGCUUGCAACCUCAGCAUAUGCAAGGUGUUGCAGGACCCUACAUGGGCAUGGCUCCACAUCAAAUGCAGGGUGGUCCUGUGAUGUAUCCUCAACAGAUGUACGGAAACCAAUUUAUGGGAUACGGCUAUGAUCAACGACAAGGAGUUCAUUAUCAGCAACAAGGAGUUCCAUAUAUUGAACGGCAAAUGUAUGGUAUGUCUGUUAGAGACGAUAGUAGUUUGAGAAACCCUUACCAAGCUUCUACCACAUCGUAUGCUCCAUCUGGGAAGCCUUCCAAGCCAGAGGAUAAGUUAUUUGGAGACCUUGUUGACAUGGCAAAAGUGAAGCCAAAACCCACUCCAGGCCGAGCUGGUAGCAUGUAAAAACUAUAUUAUCGGGUUUGCACAUUUCAGUUCUAUUGCUAACUUUUGUCCCCGAUUUUCCUUGAUUUUUAUUUUUAUGUUUUUAUAUUAUAUAUAAUUUUUUUGGUUCUUGUUUCAUAUUGUUUGCUUGUCUGGGAAUUAGCAUUUGAUUAUGUACAUUCGUUCUAGAGAAAACAUUGAGAAGUAGGGGAAAAAGGGCUAAACCAUUGGGUUGGAUUGUAGUUUGUGGCAAUUUUACCUUGUAUUACAUUCCCUUCGAUUGUAGUUAUGGUCUAAUGGUUCUUCAAGCAUAAACGCCGUCUAAACUAUGGAGAAGGGAUGUCCGACCUAUGAUGGUAUCGAACAUUAAGAACUAUGGUUGUUUUUAGUAGGUUGUAGAAAGGAACAGGAAGAUUUGAUGGAGAAGUGGAGGAUAUGUAUUUUCUCGUACUGUUUGUUUU